UGUGUCCCGGUCAGUGUUGGCAACGUUUGGAUCAGCUCUGUGAUUCAGCAGGAACUCAACACAAGUGGCAUCUCCUCGAGCAACGGCCAGCAGCAGAGGAGUCUCAUUCUUCACACUGCAUUUAUUCACUAAAUCAGGGGACGACAGAUGGAGAAACAGGUUCUCUUUGGAAUCUUAAAUGAACUGAGCAAUGAAGAGUUUGAGACGUUCAAGUGGUUUCUGAAGGACCGGAGCUUUCUGAAGAACUUCCCAGCGAUUCCCAACACCAAACUGACAGAAACAAAGCUUCCAAUUCACUUAGUGGAUGUGAUGGUCCAGACGUACGUUAAAAAUGCGAUUGAAGUCACCAGAAUGACCCUGAAGGUGAUAAACAGGCAAGAUCUCCUGGAGCAACUACCGGAAUCCAUGCCAGAACCUGCAGGAGCAUCAAGACUGAAUCCUGCUGUAGCUGAGUGUGGACCACACAGAAUGGACACUGGCAGGGUGGACCGUAGUGGAUCACAGAUGUCAAAACCUGGUCUGAAGAAAUAUUUCUAUGAAAUGAUACUGGACAUCAACUCAGCACACAGAUUCCUCAAACUGUCCCACAACAACAGGAAGGCAGAAUGUGCGAGUGAGGUGAUUCAGCCGUAUCCCGAUCAUCCAGACAGAUUUGACAUCUGGUGCCAGGUGCUGUGUUCGACUGCUCUGACCAGCCGCUGUUACUGGGAGGUGGAGUGGAGUGGAGAGGUUCAGAUAGCAGUGACUUACAGAGGAAUAAACAGGAAAGGAGGUAGUCAUGACUGUGUGGUUGGAGAAAAUCCCCAGUCCUGGAGUCUGUGGUGCUCUGCUGAUGGUCACUCUGUCCGUCACAAUAAGAUCAAAUCCAUUCUCCCUCACUCCUCCCUCUCCUCUGGGCGAAUAGCGGUGGAUUUAGAUUAUUCUGCUGGAUCUCUGUCCUUCUAUAAAGUCUCAUCUGGUGAUCUGAUCCACCUCCACACCUACAACACCACAUUUACUGAGCCUCUAUAUGCCGGGUUUUGGUUCGGGCCUCGUUCCUCUGUGUCUCUGUGUGAUGUGUAGGAGGUAGAAUCUCGAUCACAGAACGAAAUCGAGGUGUUAGAGAUAACUUUUGAUUUAAUCUUCAAUUUUCAGCACCGUGAUGUUCCAAUCUUGUUUAUGUUGGUGCUUUUCUUACUUUCAACACCCAGAAAGAUAUGGUCUCAAUGUGUUCUUAGAAGCUGUGAGAACACAUAAAGAAACAGAAUAAACAGUUAUAAUAAUAAUCUGCUUGUGCUUUUUAUUGAUCGGAACAUUCCCUCACAUAUUCACACAGAGACAGUUCGUCACCUCUUCUCCUCCUAGGCUUUAGCCGCAGCAGCAGUGUUGACUGUCAUCUGUUUUAUAUAUUUUCAUUUGUCAUAUUUGGUUAAAAUGAUACUGCAGUGCUUCUAAACUGGUCCACCCCACAAUGUUGAUGAAAUGUUAACGCUUUUUGUUUUGUUUGCAUGAAAUUUACAUCCGAUUCUUGAUUUCUGUCACUUUUCACAUGUGUUUUCACAUUUGUUAGUUAGAUAGUUUGUAUUUGGUUUGAUUUUUCUCCUCCUCAAUCAUGUGACAGGAUUUUUUUUCCCGAAUUUUCUUUGCAGUAUUUGAUUUAUUGCAGUUUGAUCAGCACCCUGAGACUAACCUUAGUAGUUUAGAAUUUUAUUCUUAAUAUCACUUUUGUUAUUUGGUCUUUAUUAAGCCAAUAAAUACCUUAAUCAUCUUUUGUGUAACUGAUGAUUUUAUUUGGUAUAUUCUGAUGCUUUUGGUCUAUUGUUGCAGAUUUAAAGUGAACAUACUUAUAUCAGCUCCUAUAUUAUAGUAUAGUUCUCAUAUUAUAGGACCGAUAUUUGAUAUUUUCUGAAUAUCAAUUGUUAUUUGAUAUUAUUUGGCUUUGACUUCAUUGUGAUCUGUUGAUUUAUUUGUCGCAUUGUGUUUUCCUUUACUCCAAUAAAUAAUGAAAUC